GACGGCGCGAUUUCUCUCCGUGUGUUUUUUGCGAAAUUGUUUUAGAGAAAAAUAAGUUUUUUUUUUUUGCGGACGAGUGACGCUAUUUUUUCGGAUUGUUUGUUACGGGCGACUACUGUCAGACUGGAUUGAUUGGUGUCGAGCUGGAUUCUUCUUUUUGGAAUAUUCGUGUGGUGAGAGAGAGAAUAAAAGUGAGUGAUACUUUUUGCUCGAUUUUUUUGAGGAUAAACAAGAGCACCGAUAAAAGUGAGCAGAUAAAAUUUGCGUCGUUUUGAGAAAAUUAAUGAAGAAAUUUGCCCAGCAUCCCUCAAGAUGAGGAAAAAGAAAACUCGCCCGGAAAAUGCCUCCAACAAUGGUGGAUUUUUCGUUGCCGUUGCAAAGAAAUUGGGAGAAGAAAACUGAAAUCGUACGAAAAUAAAGCAAAAAAAAAAAGAGGCCAAAAUUGGAAUGUUGUGUGUGCGAAAUAAUUGCAAUUUCACUGGGCUUUUGGAAUUAAGAAAACGGAAAAGAAGCUGAGCUGUUUCAGUGUUGGUGUGUGUGCACUCAGAGAGGUGGAAAAACAACGGUGAAAAGUCGGGAAAAUGACGACGGCGAAAAGAUGGAAGAACUGAGCGCAAGCUGUCAAAAGCAAAGUUCUCGUCGAAGGAAGCUGUGUGGAUUAUUCUUCAACGAAAACACCGCAGAAGGAGAGAAAAAUACCGCGCCACAGAACGUCAGUGACAAUCGAUUGAGCCAAGCAGUGGAUGUGAGUGUGUUUUUGCAGUGCGAGUGAAUUUCCCACAGUUUGGGGCCAGAGCAACUGUCGAAGAAGUACACAAAAGCCGCACUGUCAAGUGUCAAGUGUCGAUAAGGGGAAGCAGUGCAUUUGGAACAACAAAACGUGUUCUAAGCCGCCAAAGGGAGCGUAAAAGGGUCAGGAAGUUUGGCGGAAAGUGAACCCCGAUAUCAACGCGCGCGCACUUCGAGGAAAGUUUCGAGGAAGUGUUUUGCGGUAGACCUGUUGAGCUGCUGGAACAGAACCGACCACGAAUCGGAAAACGGGGUUUGCUCGUGAGGUUAUGAGCGCCUGUUCGCGGGUCGUCGUCAAGUGCAACAACCCGGCAAGGUCGCGGCCAAAUUCUGUCCCGCGGUAGUGUUGGUGAAGUCGGCAAUCGUUCGGAAGGCAAAAGUGGUGGUAGUUCUGCAAUCGCCGAAGGAGGUGCCAGUGAUUGUGAGCUGAUAACGAUGAACGUGGGACAGCACACGGGGCCCGGGCCGCCACUGAACCGGAGCGGCUGUUCGGACCGGUCGGUGACGGGGCCGUCCUGUCGGGCGCUGCGGACGGCCGUUUCGGCGCUCUACUGUCUGGAUGACUUCCACCGCGAGAAGAUCGGCGCCGGGUUCUUCUCCGAGGUGUUUAAGGUGACCCACCGCACGACCGGUGACGUGAUGGUGCUCAAGAUGAACCAGAUGCGCGCGAAUCGGCCCAACAUGCUGCGCGAGGUGCAGCUGCUCAACAAGCUGUCCCAUCCGAACAUUCUAAGAUUCAUGGGCGUCUGCGUGCAGGAGGGUCAGCUGCACGCCCUCACCGAGUACAUCGAGGACGGCUCGCUGGAGCAGCUGAUCGCGAACGGGACCGAGUACCUGACGCCGCUGCUCAAGGUGCGCAUCGCGCUUGGGAUCGCGAGGGGGAUGCAGUACGUGCACGACGUUGGCAUCUUCCACCGGGACCUGACGAGCAAGAACGUGCUAGUGAAGCGGAUAGGCGAGGGAAUGUUCGAUGCGGUGGUCGGAGAUUUUGGACUGGCAGCCAAUAUCCCGCGGAAAUGUGGUAAACCAAGACUGGACACGGUAGGCUCGCCCUACUGGAUGAGCCCCGAGUGCCUCAAGGGCCAAUGGUACGACCAGACCAGUGACGUGUUUUCCUACGGGAUCAUCCUCUGCGAACUGAUUGCGCGGAUUGAGGCUGAUCCCGACUUUAUGCCAAGGACUGAUUCGUUUGGGCUGGACUACAUCGCGUUCGCCGAUCUCUGCCCGAACGACACGCCACCGGCGUUUCUAAGACUGGCUUUUUAUUGUUGUACCUAUGAUCCAAAGAGUCGCCCCACGUUUACCGAGUGCAUCAAGAAGUGCACCCUGCUGUCGGAUGUGUGCGAGGACAGUUACAGUCGGCAUAGUAUAAGCAAUGGUACUAACAACAGCAACAGCAGCAGCAGCACCGUCCUUUCCUCGCCCCAACCCGUGACCGGUUCCGCGCCGCCUCCAUCCUCUGUACAUAGCAAUAGCAUUAGCAGCAUUAGCGUUAGCGUUAGCAGUAGUAAUAGUUCAAACGGUUGUGUCACCAACGGCAAGAAGCGGAACUCGAUCGACGUGGCCAACAUGGAGCAACCUGCGACGGCGACGACGACGACGGCACCAACGCCCUCCAAGGAGGUUCUCAGCCGAGAGAACAGCCUCAACGCCGACCGCGACGGAGACAACCCGCUGCACCACCGGCGAUCGCUCUCCGAGAACGUUAUCGUCUUCCCGCCCCACACGACGCCCAGCGACAAGGCCCGCUACCACAUGUACCAACGUCCGCUGGUCACGAGCAAACUGGCCGAAUCGGUCAUCCCGGAGUCGCCAACCUACUCGAACCAGACGCUGCGCAAGGUCGCCGAAACGAUGCUGCUCAAGGACUCGCAGUACAAGCCGCGGGCCAAGACGGACCCGGACGCGCCCGCCCCCAAGGCGAACCCCUUCACGGCGCUGUCCCAGCUCAAGGGCGUCAAGAAGAUUCUCGGCCCGAACCCGGCCGUCACGACGUACAGUUCGGGCGAUUUGUUCAGCUCCUGCUUCGAGAUAUCGGCGCCGUUGCUGCGCGAGUGGAACAUAGUACAAAGCCGGAACGCGAAAAAUCGGGACGGGCUGAGCAGUGGCAGCGGAAGCAGCACGGACGGGCAGCCGAAGAGUUUGCCCAGUUCGCCGACGUCGCCCCGGAAAGAGUACUGUGACGACGAGGACGAGGAUUGCGGGGGAGGUGGAGCGAGGCAGCAGGAUCAGGCUGGAACUGUGCGGAGGUUUAGGAGCAAAUCCAAACUCUCGGAAGAAAACGGCACCAACAACGGGUCCGGAACCGGCUCCAGCCCCGCGGAAGACUACAGCACCGCCACGAUACCGGCCUACAGCUUCACGCGGAAGGUCUCCCUGGGCGGUGCGUCGGGGGUGAAAAAGUACCGCGCCAACUUUACCGAACUCACCAGCCACCCGCUGUACAAGAGCGGUGCGAUCGAAACGGCCACCACCCAGCAGCAGCCGGAUGCGAACGGGGGGAAUACGGACAGCGGGACGGAGGAGGGUGAGGCUUGUGGGAUUAAGAAGAGUUCGUCGAGUGUGCUGGGCGAGGGGAUGCUGGAGACGCCGCGGAUAUUGACGAGGCGGGGUUCGACGGAGAGUGGGUUCUUUUCGUGCUUGAACGAGGACUUUAGUACGACGACGACGUACCGGUCGCCGCCGUGUCCGUGUGGGGAGAAGGUCAACUUUGAGUCGGCGGAUCGGUUGUCGGUUUGUCGGUGCGUUUAUCAGGGUGUUGGAGGGGGAGUUGCGGGGAAGUUGGAGGACUUGGAGCUGUCGUCGAAUCAGACGUUGAACGAUAGUUCGAGCAUUUUGCUGUUUGACGAGGCGUCGUCGACGAACGUGAGUUCGCUGCGCAGCAUGGACGACCUGGAGCUGUCGGAUUCGAUACGGAAAAAGUUCAACUAUCGGCACCACGCGAUGCUGAGCAACGUGGACAUUGACGCGAGGUCGAUCGACAUGGGACUGAUCAACCGGUUGGCGCUGGACUCGGAGAUUCACAGCAUGAUCCAGAAGAACCAGUUUGCGAACCAGCUGCUCUACUGCAAGAACCGCUCGUCGUCGAUCUUCACCGACAGCUCGGACGACAUCAGCUCACUCGCGGGUUCCGACUCGCUCCUGUGGGACGACCGGUCCUUCACCACAAUCCCCAACACGCGCUCGGCCCAGAUCGCCAAGAUCGUCGAGUACUUUGAGCGCAAGGGUCAAACCUUCAAGCCCUUUACCGUACCUGAUUCGGCGUUCGGCGUCCACUCGUCCGCCUCGUCCACCUCGUCGUCAACGUCCGGCCACCACUACCAGCUGUCCCACCAGCACCACCGCAACGCCGGUCAGGACAACCCGGCGGCAAGCCGACGACCCUCGAACAGCUACUGCAAGUACACGGCGGCGGAGAUUCGCCAGCGCAGCGAGUACGAAGCGUUCUGUCUGGAUCUGGACCGGCGGCAAACGUCGGCCGGGAUCGCCCAGCAGUACCACCAGCAGCAGCAGCACCGGCUCAACAAUAUCUGCGAGGGGAAUGUGCGCUCCAAGCUGCAGCUGUUUGACAAGAUGAAGCAGUCCCAGCAGCAGGGAGUUGGGGGAGGAGGGCAGCAAUCGCCGGUGAUGACCAGCUCGGGAAGCAGUAGCAGUAGUGUUGGGAGUAGUAACGGAGUAGCGAACGGUGGCGGGACAACGGGAACUAGUAACGGUAACGCGUAGUUGUUAGAGAAAAAUCUACUUGCUUUUUUUUUAAGAACCUUUGAGAAAUAAAAAUUAAAGACGGAAUUUAAAACA